GGAAGGGCGGCUAAGACCGGGGCCGGGACGAUUGAUUACCUGAGAGUCAAGGCCCUGACGUAGGGUGCUGUGGUGCCCCUAACCCGGUGUUCAUCCAACAAAACGCGGGACAUUUGCAACGAACGGAUCGGAGCAGGCAACUUUCACGUUCAUGACGCCGUUGAAACAGCGAUGGGAGCGUUUUGUUUCCCGGGUCAUCCUCGAGUCAGCGGAAUGCGAAGAUCAACGUCUCAGUACCCAGGUAAGAUUCAUGGUAGGUCGCUCGCGAUAUGCGCGUGGGGGGUCAGUGAGUCGCAGAUCCAUUCGCUGUCGUUGGCCGUCGGCAACGCGCCUGUGCCCAGGUUGCCGGAUCAACUGACACUCCUUGCGCGGGCGAUCAGCACUCGCUCCCACGCGUACCCCUUUCAACCAGCCGGGGACGAUCGUCUCUGUGGCUUCUGAUUGUUUUCAUACGUCUUUCUUGCGACGAGAUCAUCUCCAGUCAUUCAUCCCAAAUUGUUGGCAUUUCUCAAAUAGACAUGAAGCUCCUAGGCGUUGCCGUCUUGGGCCUGUUGGCCGCCCCGGAAGUGCUCGCAUGGGGAGGCUUUGGGCAUAUCACGAUUGCCUAUGUCGCCAGCAACUUUGUUCAGCCGCAGACGACAAGUUACUUCCAAACCCUCCUGCGAAACGACACCGCCGACUACCUCGCGAACGUGGCCACGUGGGCCGACUCGAUCCGCUAUACGAAAUGGGGCCAUUACACAGGCGUCUUCCACUUCAUCGAUGCAAAAGAUGACCCGCCCAACAACUGUUCCGUCGACCUCGACCGCGACUGCAAGGACGAGGGCUGCGUUGUGACGGCGAUCCAGAACUACACCUCGCAGGUUCUUGAUCCCUCCGUGCCGCUGUGGCUGCGAGCACAGGCCGCCAAGUUUGUGAUACAUUUUGUCGGAGAUAUUCACCAGCCCCUGCACGACGAAGAUGUGUCCAGAGGUGGGAACGGGAUCCACGUGCUGUUCGAAGGGCGCGAGCUGAAUCUCCACCACGUCUGGGACAGCUCGAUCGCGGAGAAGUGGGUGGGCGGCAUUAGGAGGAAACCAUAUCAUGAGGCGCAGUUGUGGGCGGAUGAGCUUACCGGCAAGAUUAAGGAUGGCGACCUGAAGGCCCAGAGCAAGACCUGGCUGGAUGGCAUGGAUUUUGCUAAUCCCAUUGAGACCGCCCUAGGCUGGGCUAGGGAAGGAAACGCAUACGUCUGUUCGCAUGUCCUCCCAGAGGGACCAGCGGCCAUCGUGGGACAGGAGCUAGGUGGGGAGUAUUACGAGAAGGCUGCGCCGGUGAUUGAAUUGCAGGUUGCCCGUGCAGGAUUCCGGCUUGCGGCAUGGUUGGAUUUGAUGGUGGCGGCGCUCAAGGUCGAAGCCGAGCCCGAGUUAUGAUUGGGGCAUGUAUGCGCAGGCUCAUUUCAGUUCACGUUAUAACAAAUCACCCUCCUCCACGAGGGACCGCGCCCCUUGUGAACAACCAGGAGCGUAUUCGCAGCAUCUGCGUCUGGAACUUUCUGGAGUCAAGCACGAUGGUGUAUGAUCUGACGAUGCAAAACGGCUUGUGUUCCCCUCAGUCCGGUUGCAGAUGUGCAAUAACCCCAACUUGGCACCCGGACUGGUAGCUGCCACAUCCUCAAGUUCAAACGAUCUCUUGUGCCGCGUGUCGUGCCUUUUCCUGUCAAGGCCUGUCAUCCUAGCACGGGUAUAGCCCGUCUGGUGGCUCAGGCCUGGUUCCCCGAGUCGUGACGCCACCUAGGCACAGGUCGGCAGCUGGUAAUGGUGGAUCGUGAACAGACCAGCACAGAAGACAAGCAAAACUGACAAAUUGUGCCAAAGUCAGUUUGGUGAGGGAGACCGCGCGCGCCCACAGACCUUCGACGUAGUCGGUUGAUGAUUGUCAUGGCGGCGACUGCCAAGCCGACUCAGGCUGGCGAGCACAUGUGUGGAAGCCGUUUAGGCAUUGCGGAAGAGCAGGAGGAUUCCUUGACUGAAGCUUGACGCCGGGGUUUUUGACGUCGAGUCGACAGACGAAAGCCUAUCGGGUAGGCUUGGCGGGCCGUGUCGAUGCAGGUACGGCCUCGAACUUUGGGCUUGGGCGGGAUGCGACCGACGGCCUGGGUCCCGACCCGCACGCAGCGGGCUCGGAAUGAGGUCAUGGUAAUAUCUGGGGCCGGGCUAUAGCCCACCUGGGUGAGAGCAGAGGGCAAGCCAGGGAUGUCCGGACUAUAACCGAAGUCAGUCUCGCCGACUGGCCGACCAAUCCUACUCUGCGUCCUCGCAGGGGCAGUCAAACAGCCAAGGUGUUUUGGGUGGUCCAAGAGGGCGACUCUUCGCGACUUGACGCCUUGGGUGCCCUCGUAGAAGACUGUCGCUCGUCUCGUCUAUAGGGCUCAUUCGCCGUACAUACGGCCCAUCAACGUGGUGUCGACGACUAAAGAAACAUUUGGCGAGAUGCGCGUGUUGGGUUUUACAACGAGUCGAAUCCCCGGCUCCACCCCGUUGAGACUUGGCCUCAAGAGGGCGGACAGGGUGGGCUUCCACUUGUUUUCUUCCCGGAAUGUGGAGUGGCCCGUGGCUUGUCCCACUGCCCAGAGCGAGGCCAAGGCCAAGGUGCGCUAGCCGAUCCCAUUGUUGUAUGAGCUCGAGGUUUGGUGCCGAGAUGCAACAAGGUCGGCCGAACGCUUGGAGGGAGGGGGGCCGAGACAGAGACAAGAUGACAGAUUGUCCGAUGGUAUUUGGCGCUGGCCGACGCAUUUCAGACCAUUAGCUGGAGGCUUACUCUGUACUCCAUUCCAU